GGUUGGUGUUGAUCUUUUUGGUCCCUUUAAAGCCUGAGACAUUAACAUCGGAUUAUUGUGCUGCAUGCAAAUCUUUCCGCCUUCAGUCUAGUUUUCUAGAUUGGUUUCUGAGUUCUGACAAAACUUUUGAGAGAUUCUGGUGUGUGUUUGUGAGAUUCUUGUCUCACCCCAUUUGAGUUUCUUCGACUCAUCAAAUUCUUGUUCAUUGCCGCAGAGUUCCUUUUGUAGGAUAUAUGAUGAAUGCAAUGAGCAAUAUAAACAAUGAAGAACUCAAAGAGAUUGAGAGUUACGAAAGAGAUGACAUUGAAAAGAUUGUGGUUGAAGCAGAGGAUGUGAGCAAAAUAGCACCAUGGAGAGAACAAAUCACAAUGAGAGGACUAAUAACAAGCUUCCUAAUUGGCAUCAUGUAUAGUGUCAUUGUGAUGAAGCUGAACCUCACAACUGGUUUAGUUCCUAAUCUCAAUGUUUCAGCUGCUUUACUUGGCUUUGUGUUGAUUCGAGCUUGGACUACUCUGCUUGAGAAAGCAAAGAUUGUUUCAACACCUUUCACUAGACAGGAGAACACCAUAAUUCAGACUUGUGCUGUUGCAUGCUAUAGCGCGUCUUUUGGAGGUGGUUUUGGGUCUCACCUCUUGGGUUUGAAUAGGAGGACAUAUGAGCAAGUAGGGGGGGUUGAUACACCGGGGAAUACUCCUAUGACCAAGGAGCCUGGAAUUGGCUGGAUGAUGGGCUUUCUCUUUGUGACAUACUUUGUUGGGUUAGCAUCAUUAGUUCCCCUUAGAAAGAUGAUGAUAAUAGACUACAAAUUAACUUAUCCAAGUGGAACUGCUACAGGCGUUCUGAUUAAUGGAUUCCAUACUUCUAAAGGAGAUGGAAUGGCCAAGAAGCAGGUUCAUGGUUUCAUGAGGUUCUUCUCAUUCAGUUUUCUUUGGUCUUUCUUCCAAUGGUUCUAUGCUGGUGGAGAUAAAUGUGGAUUUGCUCAGUUUCCUACUUUUGGGUUGAAAGCAUGGAAAAACACAUUUUUCUUUGAUUUCAGCAUGACUUAUGUUGGAGCCGGAAUGAUUUGUUCCCAUCUUGUCAAUUUAUCCUUGCUUUUUGGUGCUGUGCUCUCAUGGGGUGUUAUGUGGCCAUUGAUCAGAGGACUACAUGGAAAAUGGUUCCCUGACAAUUUAUCUGAGAGUAGUAUGAAGAGUCUUAAUGGUUAUAAGAUUUUUAUUUCCAUUGCCUUAAUCCUUGGUGAUGGAUCCUACAAUAUUGUCAAAAUAGUCUAUUUUGCUGCUGCAAAUAUCCAUGCCACCAUGAAAAAGAGGAAUCACAAAACAUUUUCAUUAUCAGAUAACCAGAAGCAGCCUAAUGAUUUUCUUAGACUCAAUGAUGAAGUGUUCAUGAAAGAAAGCAUUCCAAUGUGGUUGGCAUGUGUAGGGUACAUUCUCCUCUCCGUCAUUUCCAUCAUUGUGAUCCCUUUCAUCUUCCCUCAGGUGAAGUGGUACUAUGUGGUAGUUGCCUAUGUUCUUGCACCCUUUCUCGGCUUCUGCAACGCCUACGGCUCCGGCUUAACCGACAUGAACAUGGCCUACAACUACGGCAAAGUGGCCCUCUUUGUGCUUGCAGCCUUAGGUGGGGAAACUAAUGGUGUAGUUGCUGGACUUGUAGGGUGUGGUGUGAUCAAAUCCCUAGUUUCCACCUCAUCUGAUUUGAUGCAUGAUUUCAAGACUGGCCAUCUAACCUUCACGUCACCGAGAUCAAUGCUUGUAGCUCAAGCUAUCGGGACAGUAAUAGGUUGUGUUGUUGCUCCACUCACAUUCUUUCUUUUCUACAAGGCUUUUGAUGUGGGGAACCCAGAUGGUGAGUACAAAGCUCCAUAUGCAAUCAUAUAUAGAAACAUGGCAAUUCUCGGUGUUGAAGGGUUCUCAGCUCUCCCCCAACAUUGCUUGGAGCUAUGUUGUGGUUUUUUUGCAUUCGCUGUGGUGACCAACUUGGUGAGAGAUUUGAAUCCAAAAAACAUUGGGAGGUGGAUUCCACUUCCAAUGGCAAUGGCUGUGCCAUUUGUGGUCGGUGCUUACUUUGCAAUUGACAUGUGUAUGGGGAGUUUGAUUGUGUAUGUUUGGGGUGCUUUGAAAAGGAAAGAAGCUGGUUUGAUGAUUCCAGCAGUUGCUUCUGGUUUGAUUUGUGGAGAUGGGUUGUGGAUUCUUCCUUCUUCUGUUCUUGCUUUGUUCAAGGUUCGUCCCCCAAUGUGCAUGAGCUUCUUGGCAUCCAAAUAGAAAAGUUCAAUUGCAGAGACCAGAGGAAAUAGUUAAAACUUACUCAUGGUGAUUGUGAUCUUACUAUGAUGGUACAAAGGCCAGUUUCAUAAAGAUCCUAGUCAAAGGAAUGUGCAGAUUUGUAUAAAAUUAGUUUACAUGGCUAGGGAAGAAUAAGUAUGAACAUGUCACAGAAAUGUUGUGACAUAUUUUUGGCAUUUGACAGGGUGAAUGACCCAACUUGAGGAUGCUACCCCUCACUUUGUUGUUUUUUUCUAUGAGCAAGAGAAUUAUUUUAAGGGAAAAGAACAUGUUUGAGCACAAGAUGUAACCAAAACCGAGAUACAGAAUUAAAUUACAAAAGAAAAAGUUGACAAAUUGAUGUUACAACCAA